AUGGAGUUGGGUACGAGCCGCCGCCGGCGUUCCUCCAAGCCAGGCCCUGCCGGCGGAGCGGACUACCUCAGCGCCCUCCCGGACGAUCUUCUCCUCCUGGUCCUCACCCGCCUCGGCUGUGCCGCCGCCGCCGCGCGCGCCGGCCUCCUCUCCCGCCAGUGGCGGGGUCUCUGGGCCCACCUCCGCGACCUCGCCUUCCGGGGCAUCGCCUUCCCGUCGCUCCAGGCCACGCUCGGCCGCGUAGCCCGCCCCCCUCCGACGGUCUCCCUCCUCGAGAUCCGCGUCUCCGAAGAACACCUGCCCAUCUCCGGCGCCGGCGCCGUCACAUCGGUGCUGUGUGCCGCCGCACGGCUCGCGCCGGAGAAGUUCAUCUUCGCCCUCCCGUGGGACCUUGGGCUUUGGGCCAACGGCCUAUUAGCAAAAUUCCAACUGUGCUUCCACCGCGCCACCUCGAUCGUGCUGGAGUGGAUCCCCUUCGUCCUCCGCACACCGGCCGCCGCCCGGGCCGAGUUCCCCACGCUCCAGACGCUGACCCUCACGGGCUGCCAAGUGGACGACCUCGGCGCCUUGCUCUCCCUCUGCCCACACCUGUGCGUGCUCACGCUCAAGGGCCUCAUUUGGCUCGGCGACGACGACUGGGCAGUCCACUCAAGGUCACUGCAGGAGCUUGUCAUGGACAGCGAGAAUUUGUGGGCACGGCCGGUCGGCAUCGUUGCCCCCAUGCAAUACUCGCUGUCCUUAUUGGCCGAACAACAGGUGAGCAUCUCCAUCUUAGCACCAAUGAUCCAGAAUGUCUCGUGGCAGUGGCACUAUGACAAUGGAACUAUUGGGUUUGGUCUUUGGAUCCUCAACAAGCCUCACACUACGGAUGGCAGACAUACCCGGACAACCCCCUUCGCUGCUCAUUCAUGCCUUCACUAA